AUGUCUGAGCCUAGCUACACGUAUAUUCGCGUUUCCAAGACGGAUGCACUAGAAUCGUCGGCGCAGAAAUAUCGGCAUUUGCGCCUGCAGGGCCUUGAAUCGUCCCCCGAGUCGUUCAGUUCGACAUAUGAAACAGAGGCCGCCUUUUCAAACGACGACUGGAUACAGCGCCUGUCAGCACCCGACCGCGAAACCUUUAUUUGCGUCGCAAAGGCAGCGGGCGAACAACAUGCACCCAGCAUCGGCGAUUGGGUUGGCCAGGUUACUCUUCGAGGCCCCAUGUCAGCCAGUGAAUUCUCACUGCCAAAAGAGGCUGGUCAGGGUGCGAUCAACUCGGAUGACGAAGAGCGGUGGCAGUUGCUUGGGCUCUUUCUUCUGCCGGCGCAUCGGGGCGGCGGCCGCGGCAGCAGACUGUGCCGAGAGGCGCUGAACCACCUUCAACGGCGCCAGCCAUGCCCGCGCACAAUUCAUGUACGACUCAUGGUGAAGCCGGAUAAUCAGACAAUCGUGCAAAUGUAUGAGCGUCUUGGUUUUGUGCAUACCGGCCAAUGCACUCUGGCUGAGGCAAUGCGUGCCGCUGGCGAUGGCCAUCUCCUAUCGAGUGACACUGGCGACCCAAAGUACUCAAAUCGAAGUGGAAUUAUUAUGAGCUCGCAUCUUCAUCGAAUAUAG